AUGGAUUGCUUAAGCUACUUCUCCAACUCAGAUUUCAUCCAGCUCCAGGAUUGCUUUAUCCCUGAUGUGGAUAUGAUUAUCCCUGAAACCGACACGUUCUUCUUCCAAGCACAACCGCAACAUCAACCGCAUCAGCCAUUGCACCACGACGACGAAGCUCUUUCACCGUCUCUCUUCGGAUUCGAUUACUUGGACGAUCCUUUCUUUGAGCCUUUUCUUCCUCCUCAAGAAACCUAUCUCAGCAACCCUAAAACCGAAGUCUUCAAUGAGUCACACGACUUAGAUUCCUUCUUCCCCACGCCAAAACACCAAAAGCUCAUUAACUCCAGCUUCCAUUUCAACAACACUCACGACCCUCUGUUCCCAGCACCUAACCCUAAUCUCUUUGAUUCCUACGUCGCCGAAGCUUCUAAGUUUUCCGAGUUUCGAGUUCCUGAUUUCUCUCCGGCGUUCAAGGUUGGGUGGAGUGAUCAAAACGACACCAAGAAGCGAGAGCUCUCUUCUCAGAGCAUCGCAGCACGGAAGAGGAGAAGAAAAAUCACAGAGAAGACUCAAGAUCUUGGGAAACUAAUUCCUGGAAGCCAGAAACAUAACACUGCCGAGAUGUUUCAAGCCGCAGCAAAGUAUGUCAAGUUCUUGCAGGCUCAGGUUGGGAUUCUUCAACUGAGGCAGACCAAAAUGCAGACGCAUGAGAGCGCAAAGGUGGAAAGAGAAAUGCGGUUUUUGCUUGCGUCACAAGAAAUCCAGGAGAAGUUAUCAACAGAGGAAGUUUGUGUGGUUCCAAGGGAAAUGGUUCAAGUCUUAAAAGCCGAAGAAUGCAUCUUGAGAAACCCUAAGAUUUCUCGAGACAUUAACAAGUUGUUGUCCACAAAUCUCAUGAAUUAG